AUGCCGGGCCGACUUCUUUCUAACCUUGUCCGCCCCUCUGUCCACCACCACUCGAUCUUCCCUCACUCCAACUCCUCUUCAACUUCGUCUGUCAACGAGGUAUCAAACACCCAGGUGUCUUCUAAGAAGCCGUCGGCGAACUCUCAUGAAAGACCACAGUCCCCGGAGCGGCGCCUCUCGUUUUCGAUGGACCACUUUAUUCACACCUACCGGGACCACAACAAAGAGAAGCGCCGCAACCAUGGACGCUCGGCUCGUUCAAAGGAGCGUGCUGGUCAUGUCGACGCAGCAGCUGCCUCCGCUAAGUUGGACGUCAUUGUCGAGAGCCCGCCGCUCGUCUGCUAUGGCACCCCCGCAAAUUCCACCGGUGCCCUUUUCUCUGGCCGCCUCAGAGUCAGCGUGCCCGAGACGACCGGCAUGGUCACCCUGGACAAGUUCGACAUGCAUUUGAUGAUCAAGAGGACAACAAAGAAGCCCGUCUCGAGAGACUGCCCCAACUGCGCCUCCCGCACCGAGGAGCUCACAAACUGGAACUUCCUGACUGAGCCACGUUCUCUCAAGGGUGGUGACCACGAUUUCCCAUUCAGCUACCUCUUCCCGGGUAACCUGCCAGCAUCAUGCAACGGAUCUCUGGGUCAGGUUGAAUACUUCCUCCAGGCACACGCACACAACGUCAACGGCGAGGACUACAACUUCAAGAUGCCGCUUCACAUCAAGCGCGCUAUUCUUCCUAGCAACGACAAGUCCUCCAUCCGAAUCUUCCCUCCGACCAAUUUGACCGGCCGAAUCGUGCUUCCAUCCGUCGUCCACCCAAUCGGCACUUUCCCAGUUCAGAUGACUUUGAGCGGAGUGUUGGACAAGGGCGAGGACACUCAGACCCGGUGGCGGCUACGCAAGAUGAUGUGGCGGAUCGAAGAGCACCAGAAGAUCGUUUCCACGGCGUGCGCCAAACACGCACACAAGAUCGGUGGCGAGGGCAAGGGCGUUUUGCACCAGGAGACCCGGAUCAUCGGACACAACGAGGAGAAGGACGGCUGGAAGACCGACUUUGAUACUGCUGGCGGCGAAAUCACCAUGGAAUUCGAAGCGAGCAUCAACCCUACCGCCAACCCAGUGUGCGACCUUGAGUCCUCCAACGGACUGGAGUCGAAGCACAAUUUAGUCAUCGAACUUAUUGUCGCAGAGGAGUUCUGCCCCAACCGCAACACCAAACUCAUCACACCCACCGGAGCCGCACGUGUUCUCCGCAUGCAAUUUAACCUGCACGUCACGGAGAGAAGCGGACUGGGAAUCAGCUGGGACGAGGAGAUGCCCCCGGUUUAUGAGGACGUUCCCGCCAGCCCUCCUGGUUACACAUUGCUCAACGGAAGCAGCAUCAUGGAGGACUAUCAGGGGUCUCCCCUCCCGACACCCGAGUACGAGGAGCUGGAGCGAAUGGAUUCUCUCCGACUCGACCACUCAUCCACCCAUUCCUCCGCCCGCGGACGAGCUCGCCUAACAACUGAUGAUCUGAUCACUGAACCAGCGGAAAUUGCAACCCAAAACCGCGCUCCAUCCGCAGACUCAGGAUCAUCAUAA